AUGCAUAUCUUGUUAGCCAUCUCCAUCGCGUCCUCGUACGUGUUCAGCAUCUACUUCAGGCAGCCUGCUGCCCUACGCGGCCAGCACAGGGACCAGCCUGCCGUGAUCCGUCACCGCAUCGCCCGUGUCACCAUGCUUUGCGCUGGAUGGGUGGUGGUGGUGCCAGCACUUCUUCACUACUGGGAUGGCCUGCGGUACUACGACGUGAUCCGCGAGCUAGGACUCGUUCCAGGCAUGGGAACUCGCACGUUGGCCCAGGACGUGGCCAAUAUCGCCAAAAGCGCCCUGUUGAUCUCCGUGUUGUACCUGGCAGUGAUCGUGGACUACCUCCGCCAGGGACCAUCGCUCGCUGGCGAUGUGCGCGACGGGUUCUUAACGCUCCACGGGUUCCGGGACCAUGUGUUCGCUCCGUUGUCCGAGGAGCUCAUCUACCGCAGCUUGAUUAUCACCGUGUUGGUGCACGGAGGCGUGAGUCGCCACACCCAGCUGCUCUUGUGGACGUCGUUGUUGUUUGGCAUUGCCCACGUCCACCACGGCGUGGUGUUGGUGCGCACCACCAAAUUGCCGGUGGGAAUGGUGGUGGCCAACGCCGGCUUCCAGACAGUAUACACCACCGUGUUUGGCAUGGUGGCCAUCCAGGUGUACCUCUGGUACGGCAGCGUGUGGUGUCCCGCGGUGGUGCACGCGGCGUGCAACCUCAUGGGGUUCCCAGCCAUCACGGUGGCGAGCCUGGCGCCCUGGCAGGCCCUGUACUACGUGCUCCUAUUGGCUGGCGUGGUCCUGUUUAGUCGUCUAAUUGGUUUGUUUUGA